AUCGAUCAACGCGUGAGACGCAUAUAUCCGAUGGCUUGCGAUAACAGUUGCGACUUUAGCGAUAUGUCACUUGCAUAAUAAACCCCAGCUGCACGUUCGCGCCAACCCGGCUGCGUUUUCUAGUAUGGAGGCUAACCUUGACGACCUGCUGCAAGAGGCGCUCGCGGACUUUGAUGAUGCCAGCGCGACAACAGUAGCCCCAGCCACCGUGCAGGCGGCCGGGAGCGAGCAGCACGCGCCGGUCAGCAUUGCGACACCCGAGGUCGACAGCUCCGCUGCCAAAGAGGAGCCAGCCAGUGCCACAGCUGCGCCAGCGGCGGCAAAGCCGGCGGGACCUAAGGGCCUGGGUCUGGGUUUGGGGCCUGCCGGCGCCGACCCUCUCGGCCGCAAGGGCCCCCGCAAGGCUGCCGGCGCUGCCCCGCCCACUGCUUCGGCGCCAGGCGAGCAGCCGGGACCUAGCGGCUCAAGUGCUGAUGCGGUUAAGCCGGCUGCUGGGUUGCCGAAGAAGGCCCUCAACCCUGAAGCGCAGAAGCUGGCUGAUGACCUGCUGAGCCUUAUCCAGGAAGCGGGACUGGGCGGCGGGCCGGAUGACGCCAGCGCACUGGCUGGCGACCUGGCGGGACUGCUGGGCGGCAUGGGCGGCGCAGCCAGCACCGGCGGCGCCACCGCUUCCGGGCGAGGCGCCUCGGCAGCCCCAGGGGCCGCAGAGCCAGCAGACAGCGCCGAUGACGACCCGUUAGCAAAGCUGUUUGGCCGCAUCCUUGGCGGCAUGCCGCCGCCGGGCGCGGCCCCUGGUGGUGCGGAUACGGACGCCGGGCCGCCGCCUGAGUUUGCGGCCCUACUGCAACAGAUGAUGGGCGCCGGCGGCCUGGGGCUGGACGGAGACGGCGGACCGGAGGCCCUGGGCAUGGGCACGGCGAUGGGGGGCAUGCCGGCGGGCGCGCCGCCGGACCUUGCAGCGCUGCUGGGCGCCGCCGCCGCGGGCGCAGACGUGCGCGGGGCGGGGACGGCCGGCCCUUCGGGCCGGCGGCCUGGCGCUUCCGCCGGGGCAAUGGACGACGACGAUGCCUUGGCCUCGUCACGCCUGGCGGGCCUGGCGCAGCACACGAUGAAAACGGUGUCAAAACAGGCCAAAGCGACACGUGGGCACGUGGAGGGUGGCGGCGCGGCGGCGGCACAGGGCGGCGGCGGCGUGGCGGGCGGCGCAGGCAUGGGCGGGCUGGCACAGAUCCUGCAGGAGCUGGGCGGGCUGGGCGCGGCCGCGGGAGGCGGCGGCGGCGGCGAGGGCGGUGAGGGCGGCGGGCAGCCGGGCGGCGUCAACAUGAUGGUGGACUUCAUCAUGCAGCACCUGCUGAGCAAGGACGUUCUGUACGGGCCGCUCAAGGAGAUCCGCGACCGCUACCCGCCCUGGCUGGAGGCGCACUCGGGCAAGCUGCCCGCGGACGAGUACGGCCGCUACGUGGCGCAGUACGAGGCGGUGCAGCGCGUGUGCGAGCACUACGAGAAGGCGCCAGCUGACUACGCCAAGUUGAUGGACCUCAUACAGGAGAUGCAAACGUAUGGCGACCCGCCCGGAGACAUUGUGGAGGAGAUGACGGGUGGUGCUGGCCGUGACCUCACCAGCGCGCUGGCGAAUGCUGACGCUGACGAGGGCCCCUCGCAGCCCUCGCUGGAGGAGCUGAACGGCCAGCUGAACAACUGCAAGAUGCAGUAAAGAAGCCGAUACCAUCACUGUA